AUGUCCACCUUCUUCACACAAUCAAUGUGGUACGACAUCGUUACCAACUGGAGAACUCUUAUCGUCGUCGGCCUCGGUAUCGUCUCAGCUGCCGCCUUCUGGAAGAUCAUCUCGGCCCCGGACACCCCGCCUGCCGCCGCCCCUGCCGCCAAGCUCGCCGACAACAAGUCGACUUCGGACACCGCGCCCGCUUCCAAGCUCCCCAAAGCGUCCAUCAUGUCUGCCCCUGCUACCAACCUCAACCCUCCAAAGUCGGACCCCAUCUCGGUCGCCGACCUGGCCCAGUACAACGGCGAGGACGCGUCCAAGCCCAUCUACGUCGCCAUCAAGGGCAACGUGUACGACGUGUCGGCCAAGACCGAGAUGUACGGCAAGGGAUCGGGGUACAAUGUGUUUGCCGGCAAGGACGCCAGCCGUGGUCUUGGCAUGUCCUCGCUCGACCCCAAGGACGCUGUCGCAGACUACUCGCCCCUCAACGAGGCCCAGAUGAAGACUCUGGACGGGUGGGAGACGUUCUUCCAGAAGCGCUACAACGUUAUCGGCAAGGUCGUGCCCUAA